AUGACACAGCGAAGCUCCCACAGAGUCUCAUGCUGCGGCUUCCUCCUCCUCCUGGCGUCUGUCUGCGCCUGCAGCGCAACGCCCGCCUUCCCUGGACUCAGGGGUGUGCCCCUGGGAGCUUCCGAAUGGCCCUCUCCAGCACCGCGAGACAAAUUAGGGAACAUCACUGUCAAGGCUAAGGGCGCACGGCUCUUGAAGGCGGGCCAUGAAGUUUCGAGUACACGAGGUGACCUCCGAAUUAACGGGUUCAAUGCCCACCUGCGGUUCAACAACGUGCAGAUGGAAGUGAACAAGGCCGCUGGGAUAGCGGGCAGCAGGAAGAUAAAAAUGCCUUUCACCAGGCAGCAAGCACAACUGGCCACUGGCGCUACGGCAGCUGCUCUCUCUGCCCGUGCAGAUGCACCAAAUGCAGAAGAAAGCAACCAAGCAGGAGAAUUGAACGAAAGAAGGCAGCGCGUCGCCAGAAUUCUAAGGGCCAUUCUACCGGCGCUCAAGCAGCGGGUGAUCGUGCUGCGUCUGAAACAGCAGGGCGCAGCUAGCCAAGAAGCUGUACCAGGCAGCAGCAGCACCGAGCCGCAGGGCAAUGGCCUGCACCAGGUUUCUGGAGAAGCAGACACGGGAAACCAACAGAAUCCAGAGAGUGAGAGCCUUCGUAUGGAGAACGAAAGGCUGCGAAGGAUGGUAAAGGCUCUGUCUAUGGCUGUGCGGGGCCUCAUACGGCACACUUUGCGCCUGCAGCGGCGUCUGGCUUCCCAGAGGCAGCAGCCCCAGCCAGAAGGUGAGGACAGCAGCAAACGAAGCUUGGGGGAACAGGAAGAAGGCAACAUUUCCCAGAGUGGGGCCUCCGCUUCUUUCCGCCCAGAAAUGCCUUCCAUCUCCGAGUCUCCUGAAAGCUUCAGGAAGAGAAAGGCCAUUCUCCUGCAGCAGUAUCCUCCGACUGAAUCUUAA